GGACCAUAUAAAGCCCAGACCCGAGCUCUUUUACUUUGCCGUCACUGCCAAAGUCGACCGACAUGCUGCCAGCUGUUGUGAAGCUCUGCUGUGGAAUCUCCUAUCCACACCUGAGGAGUACGACAGCACUUCAGCGCACAGCUGUGGCAGUGAUGGGCCAGGAGAUCACACACAUGCAGCGAUGGGGGCAAAGUCAGCACUGCAUCAGAGCACAUGCAGAGCCCAUACCAGAAGACACAGAGCCAGCGUUGGCACAAAAGGAUCAGCAGUCAUAUGUGCGACAAGGCCAGCAAGCAAUGAGGAAGGCUCUCUGCAUGUUGGAGGACAAAGACGGAUGGAAGGUCGAAAUCAAAGAGAGCAAUGGAGAUGUGAUCUGUAGCAAAGUGAUUCCAGGGGCCAGGAAGGUCUUCAGGUUGGAGGCGGUUCUGGAGGCCAGUGUGGAUGAGCUCUAUGACCUCCUGUUUGCCAGAGUGGAGGAGAUGCACGAGUGGAACUCGAGCAUUCGGCACAUCAACGUCCUGGAUCGCGUUGGACACGACACAAUCAUCACUCACGAGGUGUCAGCCGAGAGAGCGGGAAACCUGAUCGGCCAAAGGGAUUUCCUGAGCGUCAGACAUAGUUUCAAACAAAAGUCCAGUGUUUAUCUCGGAGGAGCAGCCAUUCAGCUGGAGUCGUUCCCACCUCAGGCAGGUUUUGUGAGAGCUGAGGAUGGACCGACAUGCAUUAUCAUACAGGCGCUAAAUGGGGACAAGAGGAAAUGCCAUUUCACAUGGCUCCUUAAUAUGGACAUUAAGGGCUGGCUGCCAAAAUCCAUUGUCAAUCAGGCUUUGCCCAAAGAACAGCUUGAUUUCACCAGAAACCUCCGCAGACAUCUCACAGCGAGCGCCACCCAGGGCUGAGUCUCUGUGACACACCAGACACAGCAGCAGCUCCCUGUCAUCACUCAGAGGGGAAAACUGGCAUAUGGAGGCAUGGUGACAGGCUGGCUGCUCCACAGAAUCCUGUCCUUUUAGUGAGAGCUGAAGCGCUGCCUGCGGAAGAAACUGUGCUCCAAACGCUGUGCAG